AUGGAAAGCAUCAGAAAUUUAAAGAAGUCCUUUGAAUCUAAGUAUAUCAAACCCAAUCAAAAAGGGGAAGAAAAAGUACCGUCGAAUGAAGGGACAAAUGGUGAUCAUGCCAUAAAUUCAAAAAAAAAUGGUAUCGAUGAAUCGAAUGAAAAUGAUAAAGUAAAAACGAAUAAUAAAAGGAUACUUGAUAAUGAACAUAAUGAAGACGAUGAUGAAGGAAAAUUAUGUCAUAAAAAACAAAAAACAGAAGAAAAUAGUUAUACAAAUGGACUUGAAUUAAACAUAUACAAUGAAUUCAAUAAUGUGAUUUUAAAAGAUAAUAAAAAUAACCUAAAGUUAUAUAUUAAAAAAAUAAGGAAACAUUUUAAUUCUUACUGGAAAGAAUGUGAAUAUCAAUUAAAAAUGUUAAAAACAUAUUAUAUAGAGAAUGAAAAUUUGAUCAAAGAAAUCGUCGAUGAAAAUAAUAAUAUGAUUACAAGUAUUACGAAUAACGAAGAUUUAAAGAUAGAUGAUAAAACACAUGAUGAAAUAAAAAUGGAGAAAAAGAGAAAAAUUUUAAAUAAUAUAAUGAAUAUAAAAAUGACAUAUAGAUUUAUUGAAAUGUAUUUAUUUUCUAUGAGACAAUUUUGUAAUUUAUUAAAAGAAAACAACAACUUCAUUUCUCUAAUAUUAGAUGAAGAAGCUGUCGAAAAAUCUAACUAUGAACAAAUAAUUGGAAAUUUACUUAAUUUCCAAACUACAAAUUAUGAGGAUUUAAAAGAGUUUUUUUUACAAAAAAAAUUGUUACAUAUUAAUAAUUUUUUAAAAGAUCCAAAAAAUAAAGACAAAACACUUUCAAAACAAAAACUUUCGUAUCUUUAUACUCUGAAAUGCAUAGAGGAAGAGAUUAGUGAACGUGUUAAAGCAAAAGACGAAUUAAAAGCCUUAAUAACAACAAGUAAAGAAUAUACUAAUGAAUUUAACAAACAAAAUAAAAGAAAAGUUGCAUCUUCUAAUAAAUUAUCAUUAUUUAAAGAAGAUAUUAAAUGUUUAUUAGACAAAUAUAACUUUUUAGAUAAAGGUGGAUCAGAAUAUUUGUUAACUAUAUACUCUAAACUUAUUAAUGCACAAAAUGAAUUAAAUACCAAUGAUAUACCAAUUUCAAAUAAUAAAAACACACUUAAUUUUAUGUUUGACUUUAAAGAAUCUAAAAAUUACAAUGAAAUUUUUACAUAUGUGAAAUAUAAUGUUAUACAAAAUCUUAGAACGAUGCCAGAUGAUGCCAAUGAAAAUAUAUUGGCUAAGAAAGACCUUGUUCAUAUGAAAUAUAUAACAAUAAAUUUUCAUGCCAAAGAUAAUUUUGAUGUUUCAAUUUUACCCGAUCCAACAUAUCUUAAUUAUUUUAAUGUGAAAAUAAAUAUAUUCCACUUAUAUGAUGCAGACUGUUUAGUAGCAAAAAUCGAUCCUAUUGAAUUUAUAGGAUUAAUGAAUGGACAUAAAUAUUUAUCAGAUAUAUAUAACGAUCAUGAUCAUUUAAUUUUAUUUUCUAACAAUAUAAACGAUUUUCAUAACUUUAAAUAUGGAUUUCCUUUUUUUUGGGUGAACGCUCUGGGUGAAAGAAAAAUGAAUAAUAUAAAUACUUCCAAUGAAAAAACAAAAAAUACAGGAUCAGAGAAAAAAGGAGAAUCCUCUAGUUCUUCCAAUAAAAAUACUAAUAACCAUGAGAAGUCAAAAAAUGAUAAAAAUGAUAAAAAUAAUAAAAGAAAAUUGUCAGAAAUAUAUAACUGGCAUUUGGAUAGAAGCUUGGACUUAUCUCUUUUAUUCUCGAAAUUAUUUACACGAAUUUUAUUUAGGAUGUGGGAUAUGUGGCAACUGAACCAUUACAAAUCUCACCCUAAUACAUUUCCCUCAUUUUCUGUUGAAAGACAUUUGGAAGCCUUAAAAAAAAUUCAGUCAGUUUCGCUGCAACAAAUAUCAACUUUUGAAAUCAUAACUGAAGAAUCAUAUUUGAAAAAUGAAAAGGAAAAUAAAAAUAUGUCUGGGAAAGAUAAUAUAUACGCCUACUGUUUUAUUGAGUUAUGCGAUUCUUAUACGAUUAAGUCGUAUAUAUGUGUUCCCUUUAAUGGAAAGGAACCGAAUUUUAGUGUAUUUUUAACAAAAAAAAAUAAUUCCAAAAGGCUGAAUAAAUUACAAGAUUAUUUGAACACGACUGUUGUAAAUAAACAUUCCAAAAUUGAGGAUACCCAAAGACAAAUCAUUUUUACAUUGCAACUGGCAAAAUUAAGGGAGGGUGCCCAUAAAUAUCAUAAAUCAUUUAGCAAAAAUUCAACAUCGACAUUCGAUGAAGAAGUAAAUUAA